CUAUAUAUAAACGCAAGAUCACUGACAAAUCGCUAUCAAAGAGUGAUUGUCGGUGGCAAAGUGCGAACCAACAUGAAGGGAUUCAUAGCUCUUCUACUUUUCGCAGUUGUCAACGGAUCGCCGUACCAUCCGUUCUACCACGGAUAUAAUCCGUACACCGCGUGGUCUCCGUUCAACUGGUACAACCCGUUUGUGGCUCCGGCACCGCCUGUGCCUUUCUCGGGAACUUACUCAUACCACGAUGGCCACAAACCAACGGUAGUGCAAGCAAACAACGAUGGCUUCAAGUUUCCGCACGGUGCACCUCCCGCGGCAGUUCCCGUGCCCGCUUCCGGGACGUACGCCUUUCACGAUGGUCACCGUCCAACGGUAGUUCAAGCUAAUAACGGCGGACAAAAACUUGCCCAAGCUCUGGUCGCUGCUCCUCCGCGCGUUCCAGCAUUGGCGCCUGCUCCCAUCUCGGGAACGUAUGUGUUUCACGACGGACACCGGCCAACGGUAGUCCAGGCGAACAACGAAGGGUACAAGUUUCCGGGAGCGGCGAAAAAUCUCUACGCGUCCUGGAACCAUCCGUGGAAUCCGUGGUCGGUGGUUGCAGCGGUUAACGCCGCCUACCAGGUGCCGACCGUUCCGGUACAGAAAACCGUCGUUCAGGCGAACCUCGGAUCGGUGGAUCCGUGGAAGUAUGGAACGUUCUACGGGACGGGAUUGUAUGGGUACGGGUUUAGUAACUAUUUACCGGCUUCGCCGGUUGUGAUUGGUUAGAUGAAUAAACGUUAUCUAUGUUACAGAAA